AAGAUGUUUUAGAGAGUUCCAAGUGAAGGCUUCAGCAGAAGACCUCUUAGGCCUAAAUAUGGGGUUCUUGUCAAACGAUCAGCUGACUUUCUUAUUUGGUCUCCUUGGAAAUAUUGUGGCAGCGGGGAUGUUCUUGGCGCCAGUGCCCACUUUCUACACAAUUUUUAAGAGGAAAUCUUCUGAAGGUUUUCAAUCAAUACCAUAUUCAGUUGCCCUCAUGAGUGCCUCAUUGCUGUUAUAUUAUGGUCUUCUCAAGACAAAUGCUUAUUUGCUUAUUAGCAUCAACAGCAUUGGAUGUGCUUUUGAGGUUACUUACCUGAUAAUCUACCUAAUAUAUGCACCGAAACAGGAAAAGAUGCAUACGAUGAAGCUGUUACUCAUUUUCAACAUGGGGAGUUUUGGCGUGGUGUUGUUACUCACCAUGUUACUAAUGAAGGGCAAACCUCGACUUUCUGUCGUUGGGUGGAUUUGUGCCGUUUUCAGCGUUGCUGUAUGUGCUGCUCCAUUAAGCAUCAUGAGACGGGUAGUAAGAACUAAAAGUGUAGAAUACUUGCCAUUCACAUUGUCUGCUUCCAUUACUCUCAAUGCUGUAAUGUGGUUCUUCUAUGGGCUUCUGCAACACGAUUACUACAUUGCACUACCAAAUGUGCUAGGGUUUUUGCUUGGAAUUGCUCAGAUGAUCUUGUACAUGGUAUACAAGAAUUUGAAGAAGAAUGUUGAAGAAAAAUCAGAACAGCUUGCAGGGAAUAUGGAGGUGGUGCAAAUGACAAAGGAGACUGAGAGUUGUACCGUUGACGAUCCACACAUGGAAACUAAGAUAUGCAUUUGUGAUCUCUAACCCAACAAAUCCAAUGUAAACAAGAAAAUAGAGAUGAUCUGUACCAAUGUAUAAUCCAGCACUCGAGGUGCAGCUCCAGUACGAAGGAUCCUAUGUUCAAAAAAGAAAACAACAAUGGAUUCAAGACU